GUUAGCUUGUCUGUGGGCUAAUAUCGAUGACCCAUGGCAAAAAAUACUCUGUUUUGGCUUACAAUCUGCUCACCCAGUAUUACAUCAACAGUGGUGCUCACAAUACCAGUUGACUGUGACGCACAGGUCUUCAACAUAUAGACGUGCUGACACAGCAGGAAAAACAUGCACUCAAAACAUUCUAUCCUUGUUCUCUGGAAUUGCAAAUUUCUUAUUGACAUUACGUUGCAAAUUGAAUGGAUGCGCACAAGUGGUUAGGGUUUGUUACUGCGAUUUGGGUGCAGGCAAUUGCUGGCAACAACUAUACUUUUGCUAAUUACUCUGUGGCUCUCAAAGCCAUUUUGGGCUUAAAUCAGCUGCAGCUCAAUAAUCUCAGCGUUGCCAAAGAUGUGGGGAAAGCUUUCGGUUUGGUUGCAGGAUUUGCUUCAGAUUAUUUGCCGACCUGGUUGAUUUUGCUUAUUGGAUCUCUUGAAGGGUUUGUGGGUUACGGCGCUCAAUGGCUGGUGGUCAGCCACAGGAUUCGACCACUGCCCUAUUGGCAGAUGUGUGUGUUUCUUUGCAUGGGAGGGAACAGCUCGACGUGGAUGAACACAGCCGUGCUGGUGACUUGCAUGCGCAACUUCUCGAAGAACAGAGGCCCUGUGGUGGGGAUUCUUAAGGGCUAUGUUGGCCUCACUCCCGCCAUUUUUACUGAUAUUUGCACUGCCCUCUUCGCCAGCGAUCCUUCUUCGUUUUUACUAAUGCUUACGCUCGUUCCAGGCAUCGUAUGCGUGGCAUCCAUGCUGUUUCUGCAUCCAAUUCCCUCUGAGCCCGAUGAAAGGGAGCAGAAAAGGGAAACCCAGAAUUUCUCUCUUUUAAAUGUCGUAGCAAUUGUGUUGGCCGUUUAUCUGAUGGCCUUCGACAUAAGCGGCCAGCACGGGCCUGCACUUUCUCGUGUCUUUACGGGCUUCUUGCUACUUCUCCUCGCAGCGCCUCUCAUCGUUCCUGCCAAGAUUUUGAUUCAAGAUCAUUACUCCGCCGGCGCGAGUUCGACUCCCGGGAAAUCGAACUCGACAGACAUUGAAAAGCAAGUUACAGAGCCCCUGUUGAAGAACAUCAAAGAAGCAGAACCUUCCGAACCUUCCAAAGCCCCUGAAAAUCAAGCGCCGGAAAGCAACAGCAAUGCGAAACUGGUUGCACGCAAGCCACGGAUUGGUGAAGACCAUACUAUACUGGAGGCAAUGCAGAAACUCGACUUCUGGUUGCUCUUUUUUACGUUUCUGUGCGGUGUGGGCACAGGAAUGGCUGUAAUUAACAAUUUGGGGCAAAUUGGUCUUGCCAUGGGCUAUGCGGAUGUUUCUGUGUUUGUGUCGCUCAUCAGCAUUUCGGGAUUCUUUGGAAGGAUUGCCUCGGGUUCCAUCUCCGAACAUUUUAUAAGGAAGGCGGGAGUUCCAAGGCCUGUGUGGAUGGCGGCGUCACAGGUGGUGAUGAUAGUGGGGUACAUAACAAUGGCGGUGGGUAUGCAGGGAUCUCUGUACAUUGGCUCUGUGGUGGUGGGCAUCUGCUAUGGCGUUCGUCUCUCUGUUUCGGUUCCGACCGCAUCUGAGCUUUUUGGAUUGAAGUACUAUGGGUUGAUGUAUAACAUCUUGAUCCUGAAUCUGCCCAUCGGCUCCUUCCUCUUCUCCGGGCUUUUGGCCGGAAUUUUAUACGACAUUGAGGCCGCCAAACCUGAGAAAUUCAGCACCAGGGGAUGGUCUUAUUUGCUGUGGAGGCCAGAAUAUUUGAUGAAUGGGAAGACUUGUGUGGGGGCACACUGUUACAGGUUGGUGUUCUUGGUCAUGGCUGGCGUCUGUCUGUUGGGAUUCGGCCUCGAUGUUCUCCUGACAAUUCGAAUGAGAAAUUUGUAUGAAAACAUAUACAAAUCCCGUAAGGCCACGGAGUCAGCUCAGAUCCAGACCAAAAACCAGGGAGGACCGCUUUUAUGUUAAAAAGUGAAAAUUAUUUGUGGCACUGAUUUUGAUUUUUAGAGUUUAAAAGCCCAGUCAAAUGCGCGCGGCUUCAUUUUUUUUCAA